AUGAAGCUGGACGGCAGCUGGGUUCCUAUUUUCUUUAUGGUUUGGAGAAUGGCUUUGUCUGUCACACGAUACUCUAUUCCCGAAGAGAUGGAGAGGGGGUCCGUCGUGGCAAAUCUAGCUGCUGAUUUAGGACUCGAUCUGGGUGCUCUGUCUCAAAGAGAGGUAAAACUUGAUAUUUUUCAUCAGAAAAAAUACCUUGAUAUUAAUAAAAAAACGGGAGAAUUGUACAUCGUUGACAAAAUGGACAGGGAAUCUCUGUGUCCAACCAAAACUUCAACAACAUGCUUUGUCAAACUGGACCUUAUAAUUGAGGGCCCAUUGCGUAUAUUCAAUAUUGAAUUGGGAAUCACCGACAUAAACGAUAAUGCGCCUCAUUUUCGAAGAGACAAAAUUGAGUUGGAUGUUUCCGAAUCUGCAUCACCGGGAGAGAGGUUUUCGCUGCCAAAUGCUGUAGACCCGGAUGUAGGGGCCAACACAAUCACUGCUUACGAGCUAAGCGACAGUGAACAUUUCACUUUUGACAUCCACUCUGGUAGUGAUGGCACAAAAUACGUUGAUUUGGUCUUAAAGAAGGCUCUGGACCGAGAGGAGCAGGCUGUUCACAAUCUGAUUCUCACCGCUGUGGACGGCGGGGUCCCCGCUCGCUCUGGGACAGCUAGUAUUAUCGUUCGCGUCCUGGACACAAACGACAAUGCCCCCCAGUUCAGCCGUCAGAUUUAUUCAGUAAACAUCAGUGAAAAUGCUCCAGCAGGAACUCUGGUUAUGAAACUUAAUGCUACUGACAGAGAUGAAGGCACAAAUGCUGAUAUAACAUAUUACUUUACUCUUUAUACUUCCGAAAAAACGCAAGAAAUAUUCGCGUUGAAUACGAACACUGGGGAGAUAACGGUGAAAGGGACUGUUGAUUACGAAGACAUGAAAAUAUUUGAAAUGCAUAUCGAGGCGAAAGAUAACGGGCCUCUCUCUCUCUCAGGUCACUGUAGAGUAAACGUAAAUGUAAUGGACAUGAACGACAACUGUCCAGAAAUUACCAUAACGUCUCUAAAGAAUACGGUGAAAGAGAAUACUCCAGUAGGUACCGUCAUAGCUUUUGUUAGUGUCAGUGACAGGGACAGAGGGGACAACGGUAAAGUUAAUCUGACGAUAAAUAAACAGCUGCCGUUCUGUCUAAACAAAUCAUCCGAUUACCAUUAUGAACUGGUCGUCUCAGAACCGCUUGAUCGUGAGAAGACACCAGAAUUUGAUAUAACUCUGGUGGUAUCUGACGGGGGCACGCCAUCUUUAUCUGAUAAUGAAACAGUUAGCGUGCAUUUACUGGACGUUAAUGACAACGCACCGCAAUUCCCUCAGUCCUUUUACACUAUACCUGUGAUGGAGAAUAACGCGCCAGGGGCGUUACUGAGUUCACUCACUGCUUUUGACCCUGACCUUCAUGAAAAUCAAUAUCUAGUUUAUUUUAUAAUCGAAAAGGAAAUAGUGAACACCUCCAUGUCCAUGUUAUUUUCGAUCAAUCCAGAGAACGGCAACCUUUACGCGUUAAAGACUUUUGACUUUGAGAUAGAGAAGGAGUACCUUUUCCACAUCGAGGCAAGAGACUCAGGCGUUCCUCCUCUCAGCAGUAACAUAACUGUCCAUAUCAUUAUUAUGGACCAGAACGAUAAUCCACCGCUCAUAGUAUCUCCAUGGCGUGCACAUGGCUCCGUGGUAGAAGAAAAAAUACCCAGAUCCACCGAUAAAGGAACUCUGAUAGCCAAAGUGAUAGCCAUCGACACAGACUCAGUACAGAAUUCACGGAUUACUUACCAGUUUCUUCAGAACACGGACGCUACUCUAUUUAGUUUAGACCAGUUCAACGGGGAGAUCAGAACUACGAGAAUGUUCAGUUAUAGAGAUGCGCGUCACCAACGCCUGGUAGUGAUCGCCAAGGACAACGGAGAGCCUGCGCUCUCUGCUACAGUCACUAUCAAACUUUCCACGGUGGAGACAGCCCUUAAAGCCUAUUCUGACAUGACGGAGGUACCUUUGGAGUAUGACAUCUUCUCAGACUUGAAUCUGUAUCUCGUGAUCGGGUUGGGCUCAGUGUCAUUUCUUUUACUCAUCACCAUAUUGGUGACCGUUGUGCUGAAGUGUCAGAAACCGAAGCCCAGCAAAGCGGCUCCACCUUCUAGGAAUAGUGUGAUCAGUGAGAGGAACUCAACCAUUGCGGAUUCUACCCUUGUUUCCAACGACGCAUACUGGUACAGUUUAUUCUUAGCGGAGACAAGGAAAGGCAAACUCGUAGUUAGACAACCUAUACCUAAAGGAACGAGAUACAUCGUAUCCAGUAUUCCAAGAGGCACGGGUCUAACUGACACAAGCGAAUCUGCUGCUUCUACGCUACAGGUAGGAACAACAACAACAACAACAAACUCUUGUCAUUAUAUGAAUCAAAUGUUGAGAUAA